GUCAGCUGGUUGCUUGUGGAACAUGACUGAGUUUUCUGUUCAGUAGCAGACACAUCCAUGGAAGAUUCUCCCCAAUAUGCCUGGUGUAAGGGAAAGCUGGACUUGAUUGUCUGGGUUGGCUUGGAUUCUGUUGCUGUUUUACCUUCAACUUUAAUGUCCACAGGACAAGAAACAUUGCCAUUACUGCUCACAGAUGGCUCUCCUGAGCAGGUCUUCAAUGAUGCGUUUCUGCAACAUCACGCGCACGUUGGUCACGUGUCUUCCUCUCCCCUGCUCGUGUGACACCCCCUCUCGCAUAUCAACAUCACAGCAUCACUUCAGUGAUAUCGACUCCACAUCGCAACAAUACUCCAGGCGUUAAUGUAAUUAUUACUCCAGCAGUAUUUAUAAGGACAUUAUCCAGUGCAGGGUACAGAGGACCGAUUGAUGAUGAUGACCAUGGAAACAGAUGCGUAAAUAAUAGCAUCCAUGCCGAAUGACAACGAUCUGAGGAAGUGAUGAUUCCCAGAACCCAACCCUGUCAAAAGACAACAGUGCCAUCAUGAAUUUCCCAUCAAUACUCUUAUUUAUGCCUCUAUUUUGGAUCAGAGCUUCGGGACAGUGCUGGCAGGCCGCAACUUAUUCAGAGAGUGUGGUGUCACCAGAGCUGAGGAGCAGCAGUAUCUUGCGGGUUCCAGAGGUGUCGUCUUUGGCCCAGUGUGCAGGAGCCUGCUGUGAUCUCUCGGGCUGCGACCUGGCUUGGUUUUUUGAACGCCGCUGUUAUGUGCUAAGUUGCCAUCGCAAAGAGAACUGCCAGCCGAAGCAGAGACCCGGUGCUGACUCUCUCUUGGCUUUCCUGCAACGUGGGCCUCCACAGACAUUGGUUCUGCAGUCUUUGGUGCGGGAAGACUCUUUUCCUAACCACUGGCAACCUCUGCCCAGGCACAGGGGCUCAGAAGAUCCAAUGAAGGACCUUGCCUUGUUGGAAGACAUUCAGAAUUUGGAAAACAACGAUGCAGAGUAUGCUGAGAGUUUUCGAAGUUUAGAAGACAAAAGAGUUGAUGGUGUUGAUGAAGCAAGGAAUGGUGGGACACUAGAACAAGAGGAGCGCCCAGGACUAUAUGAUUGGCCACUUCUUCAAGGAAAAGAAGAAUUCAACCAAUCAGAGGCAGAGAUAGUUGGGGGAGAACUGACAACACUGCGGGGGGACCCAUUGGAAAGUAGCACCAUACCCCCAAGUAACUUACCUGAAUUGAGAAAUGAAAGCAAAUCGUCUCUUAUUGAAGCAGAACCCACUGUUUCACCUUUGUUGACUACUAUACUCAGCUUAAGGGUUAAAGAAGACCCUGAGAACAUUAUAUCUGUUAGUACUGAGCCCAGCUCGUUUCAAGAUGUCAACACGGAGCCCCUGAAGUUUAGCACGCUUGCUAGUUCCUUCACUACUCAGCCCAGCACUGAGCCCACAUCACAGAUGAUCUCAGAAGAGCCAGUGAGAACCCUGAAUGUGUCCAUUGGAGAUCCCAUGGAAGUAAAGCUGCCUCUAAACACUGUUGAGUUAACAGCUUCAGUCAGUCCAGAAGACACUGCAGAGGCUCCUUACACGUACGACUGGAGUUUAGUCGCUUUGCCAGAUGGACAUCAUGGAGUGAUAGAGGGGCGGCACAACAAGUCUGUCAAACUUUCAGAACUUAUUGUGGGUGUCUAUGUUGUUAGAGUGGUUGUAAGGGGAAAGCAAGUAUAUGGAGAAAGUUUUUUGAACUUCACUGUGCAUCCUGCAGUGAAUGUAAACAUGCCUCCUAAAGCCAUCACUCUGCCCGAGAGCCAAGAUGUGCUUCUCCAGACUGACUCUGUUUUCAUCAUCAAUGGCAGCCAAAGCAUGGAUGAUGAUGGGAUAGUCAGUUAUCUAUGGGAGGAGGUGGAUGGCCCUCUAUGGGAACCUGAGGGACCUGUUGACACUCCUGUUCUGCUAUUACAGAACCUUUCACCUGGCGAAUACAGCUUCAGGUUGACAGUGUCUGAUUCUGAUGGGCAGACUGACUCCAGCACUUCCACCAUAAGGGUCAGCAGUCCAAAAGAUGACCCUCCUCAAGCCCGAGCAGGCCAUGAUCAGGUCAUCACUCUGCCUCUCAACCACCUCACCCUGUUGGGUAACCAGAGCACAGAUGACAAUGGCAUUAUGAGCUUCUUCUGGACUCUACAUCCCAGCAGCCCAAACCGAGAGGUUACCAUGCAGGGUGUGAGGUCACCAUUUUUGCAGCUCUCUGACCUCCAGGAGGGUCGGUAUACAUUUCAGCUGACGGUCACUGACUCCAUAGGUCAACAGGACUCAGACGACAUUUCAGUCACUGUCCUACCUGCAAACAGGCCACCAGUUGCUAUAACAGGACCAGACAUGCAGUUCAUUCUCCCAGUCUACAGCAUCACAUUGAAUGGGAGUGGCAGCAUUGAUGAUCAUGAUAUCAGAAGCUACCAAUGGGAGAUGCUCAGUGGCCCUCCGGGCUCAAAGAUGAAGGAUGCUAACAAACCGGUUGCUAUAGUGACGGGACUUAGAGCUGGGAAUUACAAGUUCAAGCUGACAGUAAAAGAUGAGCAGGAAGCAACAGACAGCGCAGUACUGACCAUUGCCAUUAAAGAAGCCAAAAAUCUACCAUUGGUUGCCCAUGCAAGCGGCAGUCACACACUGACUUUGCCCAACAACUCACUGGUGCUCAGGGGCUCCGUGUCCAACAGCGGUGCAGCCAAUGUCUCUUUUCUUUGGGUCCGAGAUGAACAAAGUCCUGCCGCAGGGGAUGUGUUAUAUGGUUCAGAUCACGAGGCCUUCCUUUACCUGGCCAACCUGGUGGAGGGAACGUACCUGUUUCAACUCCGGGUCACUGAUGCUCAGGGCCGCUCAAGCACGGCCACAGCUACCAUAGAAGUGCGACCUGAUCCACGUGAGCGAGAGGAGGUGGAGCUUGAGCUCCAGGUGGGUGUGGCUCAGGUCAGUCAGCAGCAGAAGGAAACAGUGGUGAGACAGUUGGCCGCUCUACUGCAUGUUCUGGAUUCAGACAUUGCAUUGAAGGGCCUGCACGGACAGUCAGACAUCAGCACAGUAUUUAGGUUCUCAGUGCAGGGUCCUGAUGGAACCCUCCCGGGCCCUAAACUCGCCCGGCUCCUAAGAAACCAGCUGUUACAUGAGAAGACAGAUUUUUUACUCUUCAAAGUCCUGCGAGUGGACACAGUCAUGUGCUUAUUGCUGUGUUCUGGACGUGGCGAGUGUGACCCUAUUACAAAGAGCUGUUCCUGUGACCCUCUCUGGAUGGAGAACCCCAUUCGCCGUUUCCUUGAUGACAACGGGAGCAACUGCGAUUGGAGCGUGUUGUAUGUCACCAUCUCUUGUUUAGUGACAGUCAUUUUCCUCUUGUCUAUCAGCUGGGUUUGCAUCUGCUGCUGUAAAAGAGGGAGACGCACAAAAGUAAGGAAGAAAACCAAGUACACAAUACUAGACAACAUGGAUGAGCAGGAAAGAAUGGAGCUCCAACCAAAGUAUAACAUCAAACACAGAAGCACAGAGCACAACUCCAGCUUGAUGAUGUCAGAAUCAGAGCUGGACAGCGAGCAGGAAAAUAUUUUCAACCACACAAGAGCCGGUAAAGCCAGUUAUAGAGCCAACGGAGAGCUCCGAAACAGAGACGUUCUCAACCUCUGACCUGUGGAAGGUUAAGCCCCAGGUGAAAAGAUGUUUAGGGUGGACUUGGAUCAGGACAUUAUAAGGGCAGAGUGGAAUAUUCCAGUUUACAAAACUGGCAGACUACUGAAUGCAAUGUCUGAAUGUAUAAAUUGCCACUGCACUGGUUUGCUGAAUGAUGCAUUUUGACUUUCAUAAGUGCCGAUGGCAUAUUCAGUUUGAAUUUGAGCUGUGCAUUACAAUCGCGAUGCCCCUUAUAUGUGCGUAAUAACGCUUGUAUGUUCCAGUGAUGCUGUGCGAGCAGUUAGCAUCUGUCUUGAUUUUUUAUCAGUGUUUUGCUUCAAAGAAACAUUUUGGGGAUAAAUUGCAUUUAACUCAGGCAUAGAAAUAAUUUUUUUUAAGCAAGCCAAAAUUUCUUUAUGCAAAAAAGUUUUAUUUAAAGCUGCAGUCCGUAACUCUGGCCUCUAUAUCGCCAUCUCUGUUUGAAAUAUAAAAUUGCAGUUAUUUGUGAAGUUCUGUGCGUAUGUUGUUGUGCUUCACCCCGCUACUCUUUGUGGAUGAAUGUGAUGUCUUUAACAGAUGAUUCCCUAGAUGUAAAUAUGUCAGUUAUUUAUAUGGUGUUCAGCAGAUAAUCGUCUUUUGAAACUUUACAGAUUAAACGCCGCAUCUAGAUUACAUGUUUAAACUCUAAGCAACUGUUUUCUAAACAAGCUACACACUUUCAUCCGGCGCGCAUGCGAUGAAGCGGCUCCUCUUCUGUUUAUGGAGGUGAGUCAUUCCUCGAAUUAUGUUUUUCAAACUUUUUUCCGAGAAAACCGACCCAACAGCUCAAAUUAUAAAUCAUUAUUAUAAGCUUACCAUUGUGAAUUGGGACAAGUUAAAGGCAUGGUGCAUGAUCUCUGAAAGCCAAUGUUGACAUUUGAAAUCACCUAAACAAACACGCCUCUACCCCAAUAGAAUCUGGACCUUCUUUUGAUAGACCCGCCCCACACAUACGCAACCCAGGCAAUGAUGUCGGUUAGUAGACACGCCCCUUACUGCUGAUUGGCUACAAGUGUGUUUUUGGUAGUCGGCCCGACUUUUCCAAAGUGUUUUUGUAAAGUCAUGCAGGGACUUUAAGGACUUUUUUUAAAUAUUCAAUAACUGAUUUUUGUUAUUUUUUUUAACAAAAAAAUGUUACGGAUUGCAGCUUUAAACAUAUUUUGUUAAUCAAUUUUGUGUGGCCGAUUGACAUCAAUUAUUUUCUAAUUAUUUGCUGGUAUUGUCAAAUGAUGGCAUUUAAAUCUGCUACAUUUCAGAUGUUUGGUUUGAUUGCCUAAAAUGUUUGCUUAUGCUGAAACUGCAAUAGAAGCCAUUUAGGUAUAAAACCUAUUUCAAUACAAACAUUAUUGUUGUCACGUCUCAACAAGAAAACUUUUUGUUUUAACUGUAAAAAAUGUGGCAAAAAUAAAAUCGUGGGGCUACACA